GCAGACUGCCAGGCGGGGCCACAGCAGUCUCUCUCUUGGGAACCUGCAACAAGCAUGGAUCAGGAGGCUGUGGGCAACAUUGUUCUGCUGGCCAUCGUCACCCUCAUCAGUGUGGUCCAAAAUGCAUUCUUCGCCCAAAAAGUGGAGCACGAAAGCAAGAUUCAGAAUGGACGGAGCUUCCAGAGGACAGGAACACUUGCCUUUGAACGUGUCUACACUGCCAACCAAAACUGCGUUGAUGCCUAUCCUACCUUCCUGGUGGUGCUCUGGAGUGCGGGGCUACUGUGCAGUCAAGUUCCGGCUGCUUUUGCUGGGCUGAUGUACUUGUUCGUGAGGCAGAAGUACUUUGUCGGCUACCUGGGAGAGAGGACUCAGAGCACCCCUGGCUACAUAUUUGGGAAACGCAUCAUCCUGUUCCUGUUCCUCAUGUCCCUGGCUGGCAUCCUCAACCAUUACCUCAUCCUCCUGUUCGGAAGUGACUUUGAAAACUACAUCAAGACGAUCACCACCACCAUCUCCCCUCUGCUUCUCAUCCCCUGACUGCGGAGCACGGGCCAGUGCGCUCGUCUGAUCGAUGCCUAGGAGUCAUCAGCAUGCAGUGCUUUGAAGGCAUCCGCCCCUCCUAGGGCAGCUGUAAAUCUCAGGACCCUCUGGCCCUCGCAGCUCCACUUAACCUUCCCUUUCCCAGAAGAAAUCGAUUUAGUGUCAGCCCCGCCCCUACCCCCUUGAACUUGGCAAUGGCCCUAGUUUUGUUAUGCAGAUCUCUUUUAUGUAGCUCUCAACUUCUGCUCACCGAGGGUGUUUUGUGACCUGAACCAUGGUUUCUGGAAAUAAAAUACUGGGACUUC